CCCGACCCUCUUCGCGGGCGGAGAGCCAGCAUGGAGAGGGGCGGGGGCGCUUUCGCGGGAAGGCGGCUACCGCUCUUGCUGUUGCUGCUUCUGCUGCCUCUGCCCGGGUUGGUGCUCUCGGGCUCCCCCUGGUGGCCGGGCGCCUGGCAUUGCAGCCUCUCGGCGUCCUGCGAAUGCGACUUCUUGCCGGAUUUAACGGGUCUCGAGUGCGAAUUAGCCCUGCGCCUUGUAGGGCAGCCUCUGGCCAGGCAGCUGCUCCUCCAAGGCCUGAAGAACUUCGUGCAGGACCCUGAGCCCGCCAAGCCCUUGGUCCUCUCCUUUCAUGGGGCGACGGGCACCGGAAAAACCUACCUCAGCUCCCUGCUGGCCCGGCACCUCUUCCGGACAGGUCUCCGGACUCCUUACGUCCACCGCUUCUCCCCGCAGGUUCAUUUCCCCCACGCUGACCGUCUCCAGCAAUACAAGGGUGAUCUCCGAAGUUGGAUCCAGGGAAAUAUCACCCAGUGCAGCCGGUCCCUUUUCCUCUUCGACGAGAUGGACGAUCUGCAGCCGGGCUUGAUCGAUGUGGUAGCCCCCUUCCUGGGAUCUUCCUGGGUGGUCUUCGGAACCAACUACCGGAAAGCUAUCUUCGUUUUUAUCAGAUGGAUUCUGGGGAUCCAGGAUCCUUGAGCAAAACCUGAUCGACGUCUUCGUGCCCUUCCUCCCUCUGCGACGGCACCACGUGAAGCAGUGUGUGGUCAGCGAGAUGUCCAGCCAGGGUCUCCCCCCUCGCCCGGAAGUAGUGGAAAGCGUGGCCGACAGCUUUUCCUACUUCCCCGAGGAGGAAAAAAUCUUCUCGUCCACCGGGUGCAAAACGGUGUCUUCCCGCAUCCCGUUUUUCUUAUGACCCCCGCGUUGGGUCAGGCGUUUUCGGUCCGGAAUGGAGCUUACGGUUUUCUUGUAAGCGAAAACCCCUUUGUGGGUCACGGAAAACAGCCGUUGGACUGAAGGACUUAAAGACGGGGCCUUUCGGAAAAGCAAAGAAUGAUGCUUUGGAUCAAACGUUUUCCUCUCCUUACAAACGACUCAGAAUCUGGAUUUUUUUAACUCAAAAAAAGAGAGAGAGAGAGAGAGAGAGAGAAGAUUGUGUGAUGCAUUUUACAUGGGGAAUCUCCUCUGCUUUUAAAACAUGGUUUCUUGGGAGGUUUUACAGGUUUAGUGCAGUUGAAUGAAUUCGUUUUUCUGCGGAGUCUUAAAAUCCUACCUCUCAAGUCAAGGAUUAUUCUGUGAUUUCAUUUUGUUUUUAUCCAAUAAGCUGUAUGUUAGGAUUCUUAAUUCAGCGAUGGGGUGUUGUUAUUUUAUUGCAGGGGAAUUCCUCGGUGGUGUCAACCAGAACGUGAUGGAGGCUGAGAUGCAGGUUGCUGUUAAAAAGUUACACAAAACACAGCUGCUUUUAAAAGAUGUCACAUCAACAACAGGAUUGUUAUUCUUUUAGGUUUCAAGAACACACCAGCUAGAGAGAUAAUCUUUCUUUCUUUCUUUCCCUUUCUUUCUUUUACUUUCUUUCUUUCCUUUCUCU